GAGGUGAAGGGAAGCUCCCUAUGCUUGCGAGUGCAUGUCCCGGGUGGAUCUGUUAUGCUGAGAAAGCGCAUUCCGAGAUGUUGCCGUUUAUUGCUCGUACCAAGAGUCCCCAACAGAUCAUGGGCACAUUGGUCAAGUCUUGGAUAGGGAACCAAUGGGGGAAACGGCCUGAUGAGAUUUAUCAUGUCUCUGUUAUGCCUUGUUAUGACAAGAAGCUGGAGGCCUCGCGCCAGGAUUUCUAUAAUGAAAUGUAUUCGACAAGGGACGUUGAUUGUGUCAUCACAACGGGAGAACUUGAACUCAUGAUGCGAGAAAAGGGCUGGGAUUUAUCCGUUCCUGUAGACAGCGAGGAUGCGCCGCCUUUUACCCCUAGCUCUCCAAGCCAUGAGGAGCAGUUCCUUCCGGAACUCCUGUCUCACCCUGGAACGAGUUCCGGAUCAUACUUACACUCGUUGAUAUCAGCGAUGAGUCGUGUUUCCGAUGGACCUACCAGCCUUUCUUUCAAGACCGUGCGAACCUCAGACUAUGAGGAAUAUACACUACGAAAUCAGGAGACGGGCGAGGUCGUAUUUAAAGGCGCCAAAUGUUAUGGAUUCCGGAACCUCCAGAAUGUCGUCCGUAAAGUGGGCCGUGAGGCUGGCGUACAGGUUGGGAAAGGUGCCGCAGGACGCAUGGCAGGGGGCAUCCGCGCUAGGCUGAAGAAGAACGCCGAUGGCGAAGCAGACAGAGGAUACGACUAUGUGGAGGUGAUGGCAUGUCCUGGAGGGUGCGUCAAUGGAGGUGGGCAACUCAAGCCCAUCGCACUCGCCUCAACAAAAACGCAAGACGAAGAAGGUUACCCUAGAAACUGGGGGGAGAACGGUGUGCAGUUACCUGGAGCCGAGUCUGGAGACGAUCCGACGGCCACGAUGUUGCAAGGACCAAAGUGGGGCAGUAAGGAGUGGACGAAAGUGGUGGAGAAGUCAUACUGGCACGAUUUACCUACGCCACCUCCAUCGCCAGGUCCGCAAGGUUCCUCAAAUCCGAAGACAUCGAUAGCUCGUGCGGAUCGCCUAGCCGCUCAAGUAAAAAUGGAUCUGUGUGCCCCUCGAGUCACUGGGAUACCAUCAGAGUGGGCAGUUCCUAUGGACGUGGAGGCUGAAUCAAGGCGUAGACAUUUUUUUAGAACCGAAUAUCGGGCAGUAGAGAGCGAGGUAGUAGGGUUGGCCGUCAAAUGGUGAUAUUUCAUCCGUUUAGCAUAUUACAAUCGGUGUUUUCAAGGGACAUGCACUUUAGAUGACAGUAGUGUACUUACCAAACGGUUACUUCCUUAGAUUACUCACCAGAAAUUGCAUAUGACUUACACUAGAUACGCAUGGUACGUUGGGGAGAAUAUGACGAGGUUGAGUUC